AUGAAGUUCACUGCCAUCUCUCUCCUUUUGGCAGCCAGCACUGCACUGGCAAGCCCCGUCAACGUCCGAAGCGAAUCCCUAAAACUCACUGGACUGACAGCGAAAUCCUCCAAGCUCGGCGAUUCUGACAUUCAGUUUUCUCUCACCGACCCCAACUACCCCGAGGAUACUCAAACUGACUGCGCUGUUAAGUGGUCCACCAACUCAACCCCCCCCCUUCGAAUGCUCGUUGCGCGAACAACAACUACUACAUCCGGCUCUUGGGCGGAGCCAAAGACUUCGACAAGUUCACUAUUGAGAUCGAGCGGGUUUCUGACUCAAUUGAGGAGAUAG